UCCCCCGCCGCUAAAUAAACCCUCGCUCGCGUUAACUGCGCAUGCGCAAGCCAGCCCUCUUCAACGCACGCGGGUGUGCCGCGAGGACGUGGAGGAAGAGGAGGGGAGGGGGGUCCAAAUUUAGCAAACGGGAAGAGGCGACCCCCAACCCCCCCCACCCACCCACCACCCACCCACCCCCCCGGGGUCGCGACUGGGGAAGCGUUUCAGGCGGCGCUACUUUUCACGCUCUGAGGCGAACAGAAAUCAGUAAUGCGCGAGCUCGGAGGCACGUGAAGCCGCACCGGCGCGCGGCAACUCUCCGCCGGAGGACUCCGCCGGAGGAGGGGGCGUGGGGGGAGGGAGGGAGGGAGGGGGGGGGUGCCCCGAUGCGCGUGCCCGCAAUGGGCUGCGCCUCCAGCAAGAAACAGCAGUCGGUGGGGCCCGGCGACGAGGAGGAGGAGGAGGGGGUGGAGACCAACGGAGCGAGCGCCGAGAGGGCGCAGCACAACGGGGACGCGCACAAGAAGGGAGAGAAACCCUCGAAGACGGACGUGGAAGGGCCGAAGAAAAAGGCCGCCGGCGCUGAUGGGAUCGGUGCUCUCAACACCAUGCAGAACCACCUCGCCGCCAGGCCCGAUGCCAACGACCGAUUUGCGGGGAUUGCCGGGGAUGUGGCGGCCGGGCUGGGAGUCGGGAGGCAGAUCGUGAGAGAUGGUCUUCAAGUGAGCGGAGAAACGCGAGCCAACCUGCACCUGUCGGAGAGUCAAAUUGAAUUCUUCCGCAUGUUGGAUGAGAAGAUUGAGCGGGGGCGCGACUACUGCUCUGACGACGAGGACGUGACAUAGGCGAGGACCCCCCCCCCCCCCCCCGCCCGCAGUGAGGGGUGCUGCCCCCCACGCCCCCCGCGCCCGCCCGCCUGCCUGCAGUGAGCGCUACCACACGGCGUGCGUGUCUUUUGUGUGUACAUACGACGGCGCGGAGUGCAAGACGACCGACGGACUAAAACUCGCCAACGGGGCGAGGGCAGACGUCCUCCACUUGCGCGGCGCGGGGGGGAGGGCAAUGCGCUUUGACGCCGGGGAACGGCGGGCGCGUGAGAACCCGCGGCCGGAGCGACGGCAAAGACGAUCGAGACGGGGAGGCUGUGCGAGGAGGAGAUGGUUUAGAGGUGGUUGCCGAUGCGCCCCAAAACGUUUCGAGAAUCCCUUCGCAUGCGCCCAUGCAUUUUUUUUUUUUAAUCCCUCCGAGCGAAGGACGCGGGGCAAGGCAGGAGGAGGAGUACGACGAGUACAACGAUGACGACGAUGUGUUCGUGAUUUGUUCAUCUCCGAAGAAGAAGACGACUCCUGAGUCUGACCUAACGCAACAGUUUGGAGGUUCGUGAAUAAUAAUAAUAAUAAAUAUAUGUAAAUAAUAACGACGACGAUGAUGAUGAUGA